AUGGACUCACCGCGACUUCCUGCUGCAGCAGCAGCAGCAAAUGCAGCAGCAGCAAAUCGUGAAGCUGCUGCUGCUGCUGCUGAAGAUUCUUUAUUAGGGGGCCCCUCUUCAAAGGCAGCAGCAACAAUGAAAGAAGACAGACGGGGGGCCCCUGAUACUAGCAGCGGUCUACCUGCUGCAGCAGCAGCAGCAGAUGCAGCAGAUGCAGCAGAAGCUGCAACAACAGAUGCAGAAGCAGAAGCAGAAGCAGCAACAGAUGCAGCAGCAGCAGCUGCUGCUGCAUCAACAGAUGCAGCAACAGCAACACAUGCAGCUGCAGGCAUGAAUGAGCCUGUUGCUUCGCCUCCCCCUGCGUCAUCUGGCCAUCGUCAGCACCGUCCCUCAUUGAAGCACAACAGCAGCAGCAACAGCAGCAGCAGCAGCAGCAGCAACAGCAGCAGCAGCAGCAGCAGCAGCACUCAUCCUCAUAGAUCUGUUACCUUUAAGGAUAAAGUAUUAAUAGCCGAGGUGCCUAUAGAGAAGAAAACGCAUGCAGCAAUUCCCUUAACAGAUCCAUUAACAACCCCACCUAUAACAACACAAUUAAUGCAGCAGCAGCAGCAGCAGCAGCAACAGCAGCAGCAACAGAAGAAGAAGAAGCAGCAACAGCAGCAGCAGCAGCAACAGCUGCAGAGGACCUCGUCAGGAGAUAUGAGGGGAUUCUGCUGUUGUGGAGGGGAGCAGCAAACUGCUGCUUCCUCUUGGGGCCCCCAAAGUCCUGUAGGACCCCAUAGGGGUACGGGGCCCCAUUGGCAGCAGCAGCAGCAGCAGCAGCAGCAGCAGCAGCAGCAGGAGUUGUUGCUACGGCAGCAGGUAGAGGAGCUUGAGGGCCCCCCUCCUCUAUGCGCUCCCCUUGUUGCUAGGGGCCCCUGGGCCCCACAAACAAGAGCUAUACGAGGUGUAUCUGCAGGGGGGCCCCCCUUCCUUGAUUGGCUUAUGGGGCUACUAACUUGCUUCCUAAACCCUAAACCCUAA